UUUCUUCAAGACCUUAAAACAUGGGCAAGAGGAAACGGAGGGAGAGACCAAGACGUGGAAACUGGCUUAAGAAUAGCCAGUCUACAGAUUGGGUACAAUCUAUCCGAAAGAAUGAUUUAUUUGAGGAAUAUUACAAGACUCUUAAUAUAGUUCCGGAAGAAGAGUUUCCUGCAUUUAUUGCAGCUAUGCAGUCAGAGCUUCCAAGCACAUUUCGCAUCACUGGAACAAGAAGUCAUGCCCAAGACCUCUUAAAUUGCAUCAGGAAAUUUUUCCUUGAUGAUAUGCACAAUAUUCAAUGUGAAGGAGGAACAGCUGACCCACCAACACCUCUUUCUUGGUAUCCUGAUGACCUAGCCUGGCAAAUCAAUUUAACGAAGAGAUUUAUCAGAAAAUCAGCAUGCAUGGAAAAGUUUCAUAAUUUUUUGGUUCAUCAAACAGAAUCUGGAAACAUUAGCCGUCAAGAGGCAGUCAGUAUGAUUCCUCCUUUGCUUCUAGAUGUCAAACCAGGUCAAAAGAUACUGGAUGCCUGUGCUGCUCCUGGCUCCAAGACUGUUCAACUUAUUGAACUUCUUCAUGGUGAGGAAUCUCAAGGAAUUCCUGAUGGUCUUGUUGUAGCAAAUGAACUUCAGAACAAGAGAUGUUACAUGCUUGUUCAUCAAAGCAAAAGACUUAAAAGUCCAUGUUGUUUAAUUACAAACCAUGAUGCAUCUCUUUUUCCUGCCAUGUUUAUCAAAGGAGAAGAUGAUAAAAAGAUACCAGUUAUGUUUGACAGAAUUUUGUGUGAUGUCCCAUGCAGUGGAGAUGGAACUCUGAGAAAAAAUCCUCAGAUAUGGAAGAAAUGGAGUCCACAGCUUGGCUUAAGUUUAUUUAGAGUGCAGCUGCGCAUUUUAGCCCGAGCAGUAGAGAUGUUGGCAACUGGAGGUCGCAUUGUAUACUCCACUUGUACUCUUAAUCCAAUUGAAAAUGAGGCAGUCAUCUGCACUUUGCUACAGAAAGCAGAAGGUGCUGUGGAACUUGUAGAUGUAUCAUCAUAUCUUCCCAAACUAAAGCGAUCCACAGGCUUGAGGACAUGGAAGAUCAUGACAAAAAACAUGAAAAUUGUUGAUAAUUGUGAUCCAGGUACAGAAUUUUUUGCAAAAGGAUUCAAACCAGAAAUGUUACCUCCAUCAGAGGAUGUUAUUGAAAAACUACACAUAGAGAGAUGUGUGAGAAUAUAUCCCCAUCAGCAGGACACUGGUGGAUUUUUCAUCGCUGUUCUUGAAAAAAAGAAGCCAUCACAUUGGGAAAAUGGAAACAGGUGUACUGAUAACCCGAGGCUACUACCCUGGGAGAGCAUGGCAGACUGGCAGGCGAGAAAAGAGGCAAAAUGCGGAAAACAGGAAGGUAAAGUUGCCUCACGGACGCCUAAUGAGACCACAAAAACUGACUCUGAUCAGAGUAAUGUGAAACAGCAAACUGAAAGAGGGACAGAAAGGUCAGAAGAGCCUGCUACUUGUGAACUUGGCAUCAACAAUCAGGUUGAUAAUGAUUAUUGUGAGCAAUCUGCAAGCACUAAUGAAGUUAUGGACUACGAACAAGACGAGUCCGACAAACUUGAUGAACUGGUUAAUGACGAUGAUUCUAACGGUGAAAAAACUGAAUUAGAUCUUGCUGAAGAUGGAGAAGCUAACAGGUUGACAAGUGAGAGUUUUGAAGAACACGACAGCACAGAAAAUGGUCAACAGGAGGAACAUUCUUCAGGCGGAAACAAAGAGAGUGAUAACGGCACUGUCAACAAUUCUGGAGAUUCGUCGCAAGUUGAUCAACCACCAGCGAAAAAAGCUAAAGUGGAAAUGAAAGGGUUUAAAGAAGACCCAUUUGUAUUUCUCAAAGAAGAUGACGAGCACUGGCCUCAAAUUAAGGAAUUUUACGGUAUAGACGAUUCUUUUCCUGCUGAUCAACUCCUGGUGAGAUCCGUUGGUGGGAAGAAAAGGAAUGUUUAUCUGGUGUCCAAAGCAGUCAAAGAUGUCAUGGAGAUGGUCACUGACGAACACAAGGUGGUUAACACAGGGAUGAAGGUGAUUGCCCGGGCAGAGGUUGACAAUGCAGGAUGUCUGUUCAGACUGAUGCAGGAGGGUAUCGAGGCUGUACUGCCAUACAUAAACAAACGCAAAGUUACCAUCCCACAGAAGGAUCUCGUCAUCUUGUUGACUCAAGACAGGCCUUUCUGCACUGAAUUUUCAAGUGCGACAAAAGAGCAGUUGGACAAAAUUGAAGAUCAAGGCUGUAUUGUGUAUGUUUAUGAACCCAACGGUCCAUACAGCUUUCCGGAGGAUACUAUAAGGAGUAGACUUGUAAUCUGUGGCUGGAAAGCUAAAGUUUCCACACGGGUCCAGAUUAGUAAAUUUGACAGAACUCACUACAGUAUACUGUGUGGUUUACCACCUGGAAAUAAGCAAAAAGGGAAGAAAGACGCAGUGGACUCAAAACAGGAAACGACUUCUAAAGAAGAUAAAGACAAUGAACAAGGUGACGACGAGAAAAACCGGGAUUUUAUCGGCGACUUUCUUAACGUGGAGCCACCAGAAGGUUCACUUGACGUGGGUUUUAUAUGAAGGCUUAUUUCUUUCGUAUACCUCCGUGUUAAGUUGUACGCUGAAUAAAAUAACUUGUCAAAGUC